AUGACUGAGCACACACACACUGCCAAUGGCCAGCAGGUGAUCCUUCUCUCCGAGCUCUUGAGACACAGUGAUUCAUGGAAGACAGAGAAAUACAGAAGUGCUGCUCACAUUGGAGGAGACUGCAGGGGUCCCCUGCGGCGGGCCAUGGACAAAGCCUUCUUUAUCUUCCUGGUCCUCAUCGUGACACUACUGAUGCUGGAGGCUGUUUGUAAGCUGCUAUGGCUGCUACCUUGGGCAAAGUUUGAGGACUGGCUCCUGAGAACACCUGAGAAGGAGGAGGUGCUGGAAUUGUGACCACCUUUCCUAUAAACGUACUCUUGCCCUGGCACAGAGCUCUCCCAGAGGAAGAGGAGGAGACGAGACUCAAGGUAUUUUACGAGCCUCGUUUCUUCUCACAGCUCUUACAGAUUCUGCUCAGAGCCCCCUUCCCACAUCGCCUGUCCUCAGGCCCUAGAGCUCCUGGACAAAGCCUCCUUGUCAUCAGCGCCUGCGCCUCGGGAACCCCCUCCAGAAAACGACGGAGAACCAACUAGGUCCCACCUAUUUGGUUGGUCGGUCAUUAGUUCUGUGGUGGAGCUUGAAAAGCACACCAACAAUCGCAAUAAUAAUAACAACACAUUUGUAUAGCGUGUUGUGCUCGUUUGUAUGCAUGUGUUAUGACUUCAUGAUUGGGAGAUGUAGGCACCUGGAUGUAGAAGUAGCUUCUGGGCAGCUGCAAGGGAGCGCGCA